AUGGACGUACACUUCAAAAAGGAUAUACCCGGCCAGCCCGACGGCAAUGCCAAUGACUCCGUUCAAGGCAGCACUGCCAACGCCUUCAAUCCUGCAUUGUACCUCACCUGUGGCCCUCUCCUCCGCUUCACCGGCCUGGUAAAUAACAUCUGGCGAGGAAGUAUCCUCAUCGUAACCGACGAUGAGCAAUCAACAUACACACCUGUCCCCUCCGUCACCCUCUCCAAAACCACCACCCCAGUGACAGACCUAAAGAAACUAUCCCGAACAGGCAGAACGCUAGCCCUCAAACCCGCAACCGAAGUCCAAAAAGGCGUCGACUACUCAACCUUCCACGGCGAAGGAGGACUCUUCCGCCCCGAGUCCCAGGCCCAGUCCCAGGACCCGCCGCCUAAUUUGACUGAACUCGACGGAGAAGAAGAACAAGGGGACUUGUUUAAACUGGAUGCCGUGCAGAUCCACACAGAGCGAGGCGUGACGUUCUGGCGCUUUGAUCUGUCUAUCCCCCAGGAUACGGGCCCCAUGCAGAUAUGUUAUCGGUUGAAUCGGACUCCCUGCGCGCAGCAUUUCUGGAUCCCCGCGGUUACGGAGAAUAUGCACAUCAUGUUCCAGAGCUGUAAUGGGUUUUCGCUGGGUGUUGAUACGAGUCUAUACUCAGGUCCUGAUCCGCUUUGGCGCGAUGUUCUACGGAAACAUACCUCCUCUCCAUCCAACGAGAACCCUAACACAACCUCCACCAACAACAAAAACAAUGGCAAUCCAACCCCAUUCCACCUAAUGCUCGGCGGCGGCGACCAACUCUACACCGACGAAUCCCGCCUCUCGUCACCGCACUUCUCCCACUGGACGGAAAUGGCCACCCUCGCCAAACUCCGCUCGCAAUUCACAAACACCAUGCGCGACGAGCUCGAGUCUUUCUUCCUCCACAGAUACUCCUGGUGGUUCUCGCAGGGCCUGUUCAGUGUGGCCGCCGCCCACAUCCCCAGCGUAAAUAUCUGGGACGACCACGACAUCAUCGACGGGUACGGCAGCUAUCCACACAGAACCAUGGAGUCUGAUGUCUUUAAAGGACUCGGUGGUGUGGCGUGGCGGUACUACAUGCUCUUCCAGCACCAUGUUGCUCCUGGGGCUGCGGCGAGGGGCACGGGGAGCGGUAGUGGCAGUGGGGGAGGGGAUACCGCUGAGACUGGGGGGAAUGAUGGGAGUUGGAUUGUGGGGGGCGCGACAGGGCCGUAUAUCGCGCAGGUCAGUCGAAGUGUGUUUGUAAGACUGGGGCCGGGGGUGGUAUUUUUAGGGCUGGAUUGUCGGACGGAACGCACGCGUUCGCGCAUAGUGUGUAGGGAGACGUAUGAUGUUGUGUUUGAGAGGUUGAGGAGGGAGAUUACUUCGGAUACUAAGCACCUUCUCAUCCUUUUAGGAGUCCCAAUAAUCUACCCCCGGCUCUCCAUCCUCGAAACUCUCUUUUCAAGCCGCCUAAUGGCCCCCCUCAAAGCUCUCGGCCGCGCAGGCCUGCUCUCCCCCGUGCUCUUCAACAAGUUCGACGGCGGCGUUGAAAUCCUCGACGACCUCGACGACCACUGGACGACCCGGCACCACCGCGCCGAGCGCCAAUUCCUCAUCGAAAGUUUACAAAAACUCGCCUCCGAGAGAAACAUCCGCGUGACGUUUCUAGGCGGGGAUGUACAUCUCGGUGCUGUGGGCGAAUUCUUCACGCCUUCGCCCAGCGAGCGCAAACACCGCGUGCGGUUUUGGAAGAGGAGGGACGAACCGUGUCCGCGGAAGGAGAGAGAUGGGCGGUAUAUGGCGUGUGUGAUAUCGAGUGCGAUUGCUAAUAGGCCGCCGGCCGGGAGGGUGGCGGAUAUUUUGAAUCGGGUUGAUCGGGGAAGGACGCAUUAUGUGAAUAAGAGGACGGGGGAGAAGAUGGUUGGGAUAUUUGGAGUGGAUGUUGAUGGGGGUAGGAGGAGGAAUCGGCAUUUGUUGCCGAGGAGGAAUUAUUGUGAGAUUUGGGAUCGGGAGGAGGUGAGUGUGAGUGUAGAUGGGGGCGAAGGUGUUGAUGGGAUUGGGGAGAAGACCGGGGAAGGAGGGCUGGAUGUGCGGUUGCAUUUUGAGAUGGAGACGGGGGAUCCGGCGGGUUGGACGAGGGCGUAUGGUUUACAGAUUCCUGAGCUUCAGCUCAAUGACUGA